AUGGCGCCCUCCUUCCGCGCCCUCCUCCAAAAUCUAUCCUCUCUCCUCCCCCACCUCCCUACCACCCAAACCCCCAUCGCCAACACUAAAACCUCCCUCUCCUCCUCCCCCAGCACCAACAACAUCCUCAAAACACCACAAACAACCUACGAACCCCUCUCCGGCGCACCGAAAUGCCCAAUCGACGGCUCCGGCCAGAACGCAUGCUGUCACGUCUACCCCUCCGGCCGCCUCCUCCUGACGCAAUUCUGGGAUGACACCGUACACGUCGGCGGCGCGGAGGAGGAUUGGACCGUUCACGGACUAUGGCCCGAUUCCUGCGAUGAGAGCUACAAGGCUUUUUACGGCAUGACGCCUCAGUUUGACAACAUCACCGAUAUCCUAAAGCAUUACGGUCAAGAUGACCUCCUGGCUUCAAUGGAGAGAUACUGGGUAGCAGCAUACGGCACAAACAACCACCUCUGGGCCCACGAGUACAACAAACACGCAAGCUGCAUAAACACCCUCUCCUCAUCCUGCUACGACACCGCAUACAACCCCGGCAUCGAAGUAGUCGACUACUUCACCCGCGCCUUCUCCCUCUUCCGCCAACUCGACACCUUCACGGCGCUCGAGAGGGCCGGCAUCACGCCUUCAAGCUCCAAGCGCUAUGCUCUCGCCGACGUCACAAGAACGCUGGAGAACCUGAGCGGCGGCCGCGUGGUGCUGCGGUGCUCCGGACGCGGGCACGACGUGCUUCACGAGGCUUGGUACAGCUACUUCCUGAAGGGCAGCCUGCAGACGGGACAGUUUGUUCCCGCGAGGGAGCUGGGGGGCCACGUUGAUGCGAGUAACUGUGCCAAGGAGGUCAGGUACCCGCCCAAGAGAUGCAAGGGCAACUGCCCGAAUGCGGAACUAUAG